AUGGAGCCAAAUAUCUCUAUGGAAGAGGAGAGAAAUCACUCCUCAGUGGUCAUGUUUGUUCUUCUGGGACUCACAGAUGACAAAAAGCUGCAGCUUGUUCUCUUUCCCGUUUUCCUAGGGAUCUACCUGGUGACGCUGUUCUGGAACCUGAGUCUGAUCAUCCUAAUCAGGAUGGACUCCCACCUGCACACACCCAUGUACUUUUUCCUCAGUUGUCUUUCAUCGAUAGACAUCUGCUUUACUGCUUCCAUCAGCCCCAGGAUGCUUUCAGAUUUCCUCAAAGAAGAAAAAACAAUUUCUUUCAUUGCCUGUGCUACCCAGUACUUUGCUGUUUCUUGGAUGGGUCAGGCUGAGUACUGCCUCCUAGCUGCCAUGGCCUAUGACAGAUACGUGGCCAUUGGUAACCCUCUGCACUACUCAACGAUCAUGGCCCCUGGGCUCUGUCAGAAGAUGGUGGCUGGAGCCCUUGGCAGUGGUUUGCUUUGCAGUAUCCUUGAAACGAUUCCUUGUUUUAAUAUGUAUUUCUGUGGGCCAUAUGUCAUCCAACAUUUCUUUUGCAACAUAUCUGAGAUUAUUCUCUUGUCUUGCUCCAGUCGCUUCAUCACCCAAACAAUUCUUUUCCUUGCUGCUGUGAUUGUUGGGUUUGGCUCUAUGCUCUUUAUCCUGCUCUCCUAUGUUUUUAUUGUAGCUUCCAUCCUGAAAAUAUCCUCGGUCAAAGGCAGUCUCAAAGCCUUCAAUACCUGUGCCUCCCACCUGGCAGUUGUGACCCUCUUCUAUGGCACAGCCCUGGCUGUGUACAUGCAUCCAAGCUCUGCCCAAUCUGAGAAGCAGGAUAAGGUGCUCUCAGUUUUCUAUCUUAUCAUUACUCCCAUGUUAAACCCUCUCAUCUAUAGUCUAAGAAACAGGGAGAUCAAAGAAGCACUACAGAGGAUAAUAAAGAAGGCUGCUCAUUUUCCUUAG